AACUGACAGUGCGCGCGCGUGCUUGUGUGGUUUGUGCCAGUGAGCGCGCGCGUGUCCCUCUGUGUGUGUGUUCCGUUAUUUUCCGGGUUGUGCUCAGUCAGUCAGGCAGGGUUUGUGGUAGUUGUAGCGCUACAGCUGCCAGCUGACACUUACACCGAGGAGAAGCUGAGGUCAAACUUGGCUAUCUCUGUUUCUCUGUCUGUGACUGAGGCUGCAUCAUCACCACCAUCAUCAUCAUGGCGGAUCAAGGCGAAUCUCCGGUUCCCGUCCACCAUCCACAACCUACCAUCAGCUGGCCAAUUACCAGGGAGUCCUACGAGCUGCAGGAAGUCAUAGGCAGCGGGGCCACAGCUGUGGUGCAGGCAGCCCUCUGUACCCCCAGACAGGAGCGCGUGGCCAUAAAGAGGAUCAACCUGGAAAAAUGCCAGACCAGCAUGGAUGAGCUGUUGAAAGAAAUUCAAGCCAUGAGUCAGUGCAACCACCCAAACAUCGUCACCUACUACACUUCCUUUGUUGUGAAGGAUGAACUUUGGUUGGUGAUAAAGCUCCUGAGUGGAGGCUCCAUGCUGGAUAUAAUUAAACAUGCGAGCAAAGAAGAAGAUAAAAAUCUUCGUGCGUUAGAUGAGCCAAUUAUUGCCACAAUAUUAAAAGAAGUUCUAGAGGGCCUGGACUAUCUCCACAGAAACGGACAGAUUCACAGGGAUGUGAAAGCUGGGAACAUCCUACUGGGAGAAGAUGGAUCUGUUCAGAUUGCAGAUUUUGGUGUAAGCGCAUUUUUAGCUGCAGGGGGCGACAUGACGAGGCACAAAGUUAGAAAGACUUUUGUUGGGACACCGUGCUGGAUGGCUCCAGAGGUGAUGGAACAAGUUCGAGGCUAUGAUUUCAAAGCAGAUAUAUGGAGUUUUGGAAUUACAGCGAUAGAGUUAGCAACAGGUUCUGCACCCUAUCACCGAUACCCUCCAAUGAAGGUUUUAAUGCUUACCCUACAGAAUGAUCCGCCCACUCUGGAGAUGGGUGUUGAGGACAAGGAAAUGCUAAAAAAAUAUGGAAAAUCAUUUCGAAAGCUUAUAACUACGUGCCUUCAGAAAGACCCUGCUAAAAGGCCUACAGCAUCUGAGCUUUUGAAGUGUAAAUUCAUCCAAAAGGCAAAGAACAGAGAAUAUCUUGUUGAAAAGCUUUUGAGUCGUGCACCAAAGAUAUCUCAAAGAGCAAAGAAGGUGAGGAGAGUCCCAGGCUCCAGUGGCCACCUGCACAAGACAAUAGAUGGGGACUGGGAGUGGAGCGACGACGAACUGGACGAGGGCAGUGAGGAGGGUAAAGCAGCGGUGAAUCAGGGCAGGUCACGAAGGGUCAAAUAUGAGGCCAAAGACAAUGAGGAAGAUGCCAACAAUGUCCCUGUAGAAGGCUUGUCUGUGCAGCAUCCCCAGGUAUUUUCGAUGCAGGUGGAACCAUAUGAGAAUACACCCUUCAUUCAAGGUGCUGUGAACAUGGUACUGCGGCUACGGAACUCCAAAAAGGAGCUAAAUGACAUUCGGUUUGAGUUCUCCCCUGGUCGAGACACUGCUGAUGGCGUCUCCCAGGAGCUUUACUCAGCCGGUCUGGUCAAUGGGCUCGAUGUCUUAAUUGUUGCUGCUAACCUUCAAAAGAUUGUAGAUGACCCAAUUACCUAUAAAGUGUUGACCUUUAAGCUGGCUUCAGGAUGUGAUGACACAGAGAUCCCAGAUGAGGUGAAGUUGAUCGGCUUUGCGCAGUUAAGUGUUAGCUGAUGUUCUCUUCAUCUUUGAAGCAGAUGAGGCAGGGAAGACAGUUCAGGGCAGACAGACUGAGGAACACACCCCAACCACCACCACUUUCUGCUAUAUCUUUCUCAACUUCCUCCCAGAAAAGCCCUUCUUUGUCUUCCGUCCUUCACUCUUUUGAACUUUCCCAAAGCUCUGUCGUCGCUUUACCACCACCUCUGUAGCGUCGACUUCCCUGCUCGCUGUCCGUCAACAUUCCAGCACCCAGCGCACAGAACAGUACCAGGAUGCAGCCCAGGAACCAAAAGAUGUACUCAGGUGGUGAAAGAAGGUGAUAAAUAUGUAGCUUUGAAUGUUUUAUUUAUUUUCUCACCUCCUUUCUUUAAUUUACACUGCAUUACUGUUAUUUACAGCAAAAAUCUAAUUAUUUAUUGAAAUAAGAAGAUAUUUAAAAUUUUAUUUUUCUGUCAGAUUGGUUUGUUCCCACUGUGAAAAUAAAUGUCCUCCCACACUUAAUUAUUUAUGAAAACUCCUUGGGGUCCAUGUCAGAAUGUAAGAAUUGGUAAACAUGCAGAUAUAAGCACAUUUUUAUAAUAACAUGAUGAAUGUUUUAAAAUAAAACGCCCAGAAUGAAUUGUUUUAUGUGUUCAGAUCUGUUUAUCUAAAAAUGGAGGCGUUUGGUUGAGUGCGCUGAAAUAAAUGAGACCUGGAUGUUACUGUGUAUACUUUGCUGCUCUCAACUGUGUUAACGCUUCAGAAAAUGCUUGAGGUGCCUUGUUCAUUUUUCCGUGCCUAAGAAAGUUGUCAGUGAGUGAGACGACACUGAGAGCAGAACUUGCUGAUUGUCACUUCAUCAACCCAUUCCCUGCCAUGAAUCAGUUCACAUGUGCAGUCUUAGCCCAAAGAGGGAAAAUGAAAUGCACUUUUGAGUUGGGAUGCACAGCCAACAAACUGACUCUUAAUUUAUGUGCUUUCAGACAAAUAAAACCCGGUGGAACCUGCAGUUGUAUGCUCUUACUUCAGUUGGUGUCUAUCAGAUGCCAAAUCCAACAUUGGGUUUUUUGUUUUUGUUUUGUUUGAAUAAGUAAAGUAGCUACCUAAUUGUACUGUAUGACUUCAAAAAAUGGAACCAAACAGCAUAUGCUGAGUGUGAAGAGUUGUUUGUCCAAACAAAUCCAGUAGCACUAAAUCAUUUUAGGUAUAAAAGUGUUACAUAAUAACUCCUCUAAAAGCUUUUAUUUUCUGAAGUAAAUUAUUGUUUUUUUUAUAUACACUGUGCACCAUUUCAGCAUAUUAUCCAUUUCCCUUCUCUGUAAUCAACUAAUGUCAAAUUUCUGAUGAGAAGCAACAAAUAAAGAAUAUUUAAGAAAUGUG